ACGAAACAUUAAGUUGUUGUCUGUGGAGUCGACGCAGUUCCCUCCGAGGAGUCGUCGCGUCGUAGGCCUGCUCUGCUGAGAGUUGGUUUCUGUGAUUCGCUGGUGGGAAGAUCGAAACCUAGGCGAGAAAGGACGAGAAAAGGGGGAAGUGAUCCCAUGAGACUGUGAGUGCUUGUCCUCGGCGUCGGAAGAGCACUAGGUUCAGCAGGUUCCCCCUCACGGCUUCGUGACGCAGAGUCGGGGGUCGCGCUGCGGCCGCAUCAUGUCGGACAUCAAGGCGUUGGAGUACCCGACAUUGAAAGUGCCCUACGAGAUACUGAACAAACAAUUCCGUGCAGCCCAGAAGAAUAUAGACCGAGAAGUCAGUCAUGUCACAAAUGCGACCGCGGAUCUCGAGAAAGGCAUCAGCUCCGGUGCGGCGAAAGCAGGUGAAAUCAAACUGCUGCUCGGCUCGGUCGUUGAGAAGCUCAACAUCCUAAAAAGAAAAGCCGACGAGAGUCUCUCCGAAGAAGUAGAUAUAGCGCUACUCUGCAAACGAAGGCUCGAACACCUGAAAGAGGGUGCCAACCACGACAGAAGAGAGAAUGAAGAAUGGGCCAGAAAACGUGUCGACCGAAUGCUUGUCGAACAUUUCCUCCGAGCGGGAUAUUACGAAACCGCAUUGAAGCUAGCAGACCGAUGCGAUAUCCGCUCGUUGACAAAUAUUGAAGUAUUCCUGGUCUCCCGUGAGGUCGAGGAAUCACUAAAGCGGAAAGAUACCGCAAGUUGCCUGGCAUGGUGUUACGAUAACAAAUCGAAACUUCGUAAACUCAAAAGCAGUUUGGAGUUCAAUCUGCGCCAACAGGAGUUUAUCGAGUUGGUUCGGAAGGGAAAGAAUUUCGAAGCUGUAAAGCAUGCGCGGAAGCACUUUUCUGCGAUCGAUGAGGAUCAAGUCCGUGAGGUUCAGCAGGUAAUGAUGCUUCUUGCCCUUUCACCCAAUACUAUGCUGUCCCCUUACAAGGAGCUCCUGGAUCCGAACCGCUGGAAGAAAUUGGUAGAGCAGUUCCGUUUCGAAAACUACCGCCUGUACCAGCUGAGCAGCAUGAGCGUGUUCAGUGUCACCCUCCAAGCAGGGCUGUCAGCACUCAAAACCCCGCAGUGUUACCGGUCGUCUUUCUUCAGGCAAGACUCCGCGAAUCCAGACUGUCCCGUGUGCUACAAGCACCUCAACAUUUUAGCGCAACCGUUACCUUUCGCACACUGCGCACAGUCUCGACUGAUCUGUUUCUUGUCCGGUGAUCCGCUGAACGAGAAUAACGUGCCAAUGAUGUUGCCGAAUGGCUUCGUCUACGGCGAAAUCGCUCUCAAGCAGAUGGCUAAUGCGAAUCGCGGCAAAGUUAGCUGUCCUCGAACUGGAGAAAUUUACGACAUUAAGGAAUGCGAAAAAGUUUUCGUGAUGUAAAUGUGUGCCGCAUGUACUCAACUUAGGUUUCCAAUCGGAGCGCUUACACUGUGAGGGAUUGUUAGCGGGUUCAUCGAGGGGAAUAAAUAUACAUACAUAUGUCGUCGUAAUCGAGUCUAUGCUCGGCCACGAAAAUUGCAAAUAAACCAUCUUCAG